GUGCAUUAGAUGCCUUUAUCUUGUCUAUUAUGUAUGGCUUCCCUUUUUAACCAUCUCAGCAAUUAUUAUUUUCUUACUCUCUCAGUUGACACUUGAUGGACCAAUCAAUCUGCCACACUUGCACUUAAUCAAUGUGAAUCUUUCAUGAUGCAAUGGACUUUGAGGUUUCAAGUGGAUGAAUAGCAACAAUUAGAAUAACUCUGGAAGAGACCUAAUGAAGAAGCUGACAGGUGGAGCUAGUAGUCCUGCUUCUUCAUCCUCCCUAGCCAUCCCCACCGCCAACCCUAAGCGAUCCACCAAGGACAGGCACACCAAAGUCGACGGCCGCGGCCGCAGAAUUCGAAUGCCUGCCACCUGCGCCGCUAGGGUUUUCCAACUCACCAGAGAAUUGGGCCAUAAGUCCGACGGCGAGACCAUCGAGUGGCUCCUCCAGCAGGCCGAGCCCGCCAUCAUCGCCGCCACCGGAACCGGUACCAUCCCCGCCAAUUUCUCCUCCCUCAACGUCUCCCUCCGUAGCAGCGGCUCCACUCUCUCGGCCCCGCCUUCCAAGUCUGCCCCGCACACCUUUCACGGCGCCCUCGCUCUCGCCCACCACCCUUACGAGGAAGCCUUUCAACACCCCGCCUUACUAGGCUUCCACCCUCACGCUCACCAACCGCAGCAGCUUCUCUCCGCCGAUCACAUCCCAGAAUCCCUUCCCAGCGGCGCCGGUGACUCCGGCGACAACUACCUUAGAAAACGCUACCGAGAAGAUCUCUUCAAAGACGAUAACAUCAACAACAACAAUACCCAAUCGCAGAACGAGAGCGGUGAUGGUGAUGGGUCUUCGCCUAAGUUACCGAAGCAGCAAUCCGAAGCUGGUUCUGGGCUUCUUCGGCCCAGCAAUUUGCUUCCCGCAACAGCGAUGUGGGCCGUGGCACCCUCUCCCGCCAGUGGGCCCCCUGGUAGCACAAUUUGGAUGCUUCCCGUUACCGCGGGGGCUUCGUCUUCUGCUUCCUCGGAGACUCAGAUGUGGCCGUUUCCUCAAAGUGUGAGUGGUUUCAUGCCAAGGUUCAACCUUCCGGUUCCGGGUGCACUUGAAUUCCAAGGCGCACGUGCGGGUUCGCUUCAGUUGGGGUCCAUGUCAAUGCCGCAGCAACAGCAUCUGGGCCUCGCCAUGUCCGACUCCAACUUGGGCAUGUUGGCAGCACUUAAUGCUUACACAAGGGCUAGUUUGAAUGUUAAUUCCGAUCAUCAUCAACAUCAGCAUCAAUCUCAACCAAGUGAGAGUGGAGAAGAUGAUCCUAAUAGCUCCCAAUGAACUUUAUUUGGUUGGAAGUUGAGUUGAAUGAAUUUGUGAUUAGUGAGUGCUUUUGAAAUAUCUAUGGAUGCAUGCUAGUUAGCUCACCACAGUACUUGAGUUGAGUUUCUAAUUAGAUGUUGCUCUAGUCACUGUUUUUUUGUACUUCUUCUCUUUCGAAGAAGUGCAUUUUUCUUUAGCUUCAUUUGGAGAUCUUGGUAUGUUUAUUUAUUUUACAGUUUGGUUUUGGUCCAAAGGGACUUAGCAGACAGAGAGAGUUUGUAUAGGAGGAAAUUUGGCUUUGGUAUUUUUAUUUUUAUUUACUUUAUUUGCUUCUUUUUUCUCUCUAUGUAUGACAGCAUAAAAAACAAUUCAAACAAAAGAAUUUAAAGGGAAAGAUUUGAAUGCCUUCCUUCCA